GUCUGUUGCCCUUCUAAAUAUCCGUUCAACUCCAUCCGAAAACCUUGCAAUCGCCUAAUCGCAAAGACUCGCAAGGGGACUAACUAACUCAUCAUACGCCAUGUCCGCGACGCCCACGCUCGGCUGCCAGAUCGCGCCCGACUACGAGCAUGAUCGCCACCUGUCUUCUUCGGAUUCAGAGUCUACGGCUACGGAGGAUGAGGAGGAGCAGGUAGAGCCGGAGGAAACAGACGGGACGCUGGAUAUCGAGAAAGCGGAGACGCAGAGGGAUACUGUGCCGACGCGGACGACGACAAGGGCUACUAGGCCGGCGACGCUGCAGAAGGGGAGGACACGGAGUAGCCGGAAAGAGCCUCCGGAGGAGCCGGCGGGGUUUUGGCAUUGGAAGAUGGCUGGUGUUCGGUUGCACGUGAUAAAGCUGUGGGUCAGAACGAAUCUCAUACUCGCUGGAGCUAUCUUCGCCUUCCUGUGCCUCUUCUGGGGCGCCCUCUUCCCGCAGGCAGACCGCAUCCAGAGCCUCGGCGUCUGGGUCGUCGACUUCGACGGCCAGCCACCCUAUAAUAACGUCACUCCUUUCGUUGGACCCUUCGUAACCCGCUCCAUCCAAGGGAUUGUCGACGCUGGAGGACCGCAUCUAGGCUACACGUUCCGCCCGCCGUCUGACUUCGACAAUGACCCGCUGAAGGUCCGGGAAAGCGUGUUCGACUUCAAGGCUUGGGCGGCUGUUGUGAUUAAUCCGAAUGCGACGGCGAUGCUUGAUGCGGCGGUGAGGCAGGGGAAUGCGAGUUAUGAUCCGCUGGGCGCAUGUCAGAUCAUCUUGAAUUCGGCAAGGGACCAGGGAACGGCGUCGUCGUAUAUCGUCCCGGGUAUAAUUGCAGUCCAAAAAAUCGCCGUCUCUAACUUCGGCCGCGCAUGGGUCACGCACCUGCUCCAGAACAGCUCCGCCAGCGAUCUGAAUCUCGACGUCGCGCCGCAGGCCAUAUCCCCCGGCAUCGAAUUCACGCAGUACGAUCUUCGUCCGUUCGGCCCGCCAAUCGCGACGCCCGCAGUCAGCAUUGGAUUGAUCUACCUGAUCAUCCUGUCCUUCUUCAGCUUCACGUUCUUCCUGCCGAUUCAUAUGAAGUAUCUCUCGCCGCGCGGCCACCCUCCCCUGCUCUUCCACCACCUGAUUGUAUGGCGGUACACGGCGACCGUGGUAUCGUACUUCUUCCUCUCGUUGAUAUACUCGCUUGUCUCGCUCGCGUAUCUCAUGCCAAUGGAUCGACCGAAGGGCUCGCGCGUCUGGCCCGUGAAGAAUCCGAAUGCAUAUGGGAGGGGGACGUUUCCCGUCUACUGGAUGGUGAACUGGAUAGGGAUGACGGCACUCGGGCUGGCGAGUGAGAAUAUGGCGAUGCUUCUUGGGACACCGUGGACGGCGCUGUGGUUGAUCUUUUGGGUGAUAAGCAAUGUAGCGACCGGCUUCUAUCCGAUACCGCUGGCGCCGGACUUCUAUCGCUGGGGAUAUGCAUGGCCUAUACACAAUGUCGCCGAGCUUACACGCCAAAUCCUCUUCGAUCUUCAUCCGCGAACAGGGCUCAACUUUGGUAUUCUCCUUGCCUGGUGUGUAAUCGGGACCGCGUUAUUUCCGCUUUGCUGCUAUUACAUGAGGUGGAAUACCAUGAGAGUGAAGAGACAAGCGGCGCAAAGGGAAGCGGAAUGGAAGGAAAAGAUGGAAAAGGAAAGGGAGCAUCCUGGCUUGCUGGCACGAGUUACUACGGCUGGGAAGAAAUAAUUGUGGUGCUUGGGAGUGAGAGCCAGAAGUGCUCCACGGACUAACUUGGAAGCCGCAAUGAAACAGUGUGGGAGCGAAGGAAAGAGCUGCCCGUUGGUGUUUACACACGGCCAAGGUUGCAAGCUGUGACGGCGUCUAACACUGGACGUGUGCGUAGAGGGCUAACGAGGCCGCAGUGACGGGGUUCCUAAGGGUGGAGAAUCUGAAUCCAGUGCAAAAUUAAGAGUAGCUGAGCUUUGCUGGGGCGUGAUCCACCGUUUGUGGGUGAGGUCACCCACCGUCGCCCUCGAGAGGGAAGCCGCGCCCGCCCACAUAUAUAUUCUUCACCUGGCCGCUCGCAACCUUCUCUCCUCCACCACCACACAAGAUGACCUCGUCGCCGUCGUCGCCGCCGCCGCCGCCACGCCCACAGGCGCUCG